AUGGCGUCUCUCCUCCUCAAGCCCCCUCUCAUACUCCCUCUCGUUCUCGCUGGAGUACCACAUACCCAAGGGGAAUGUAGCGGGAUCGCUUGCGCUGUCCCGAGCGACUGGGAUGGCUUUGCCAACAGUAUCGGCACAGAACUCGCCCCUAUUCUCACCCUCUUUGGUGAACAGGUCACCAAACAAUUCUUGAGUGAAUCGAUGUCUAAUCUCGACAACCUUCUUUUCUGUCUUGCCCCACUCGGUGUAAUCACAGCGGUUGUUGCAGCUAUUCGUGUUUCCGGCAGUCCUGGCCUCCGUGCCCUGGUCGGAAGAGCAAAGGAAAGCAGGGGACAAGUCGAGUCCGACCUCAUGAGCUCGACAAGCCAAGAUGUAUGCGAGCUAUGGAGUGGGGAGGGAGUAGUCAGGGUCAUGGGACGUCCUGUUCUGCUGCAGAUGGUUUGCGUUGAAGAUUCCAGCGGAAGUCAUAUAUAUACGCUGAAAGAAGCCAUAGAGAAAGGCUAUUACAUGAAUACGAAUAGGUCAAAUGAUUUUCACCCAGAACCGAAGGAAAGUGGAUUUGGAGAGAAUCCGCCGAACUUGUCGCUCAAUGUCAACAUGAUUCCACUCUCACGCUGGAUGUUGGUAUUGAUGAUUACCGCUGGACUAGUAUUACAAGGCGGCGUCCUAGCAUUCGCAGCCACUUCCCAGUACGUCCUUCAGCUUAGUAACGAGGAUGAUGGUUCAAUCAACGUCUACGGUUUUCCAAUAUUUACAGCGGGAACUGUAAUACUCGCACUCUCAAUGUAUCUUUGCGCCCAUAUCAUCGAGUCCAGCACUGAUGAGGAAACAUGGGUCCCUAAGACCCCAGCUGCCAUCAAGACUGUUAUCUGGCUCCAGCAGGGUGGGCAGACUGUGGGGGAUCAGAGGUUCGAGUGUUUUGCGCGCUGCAUAACCGAUUCCCGUGGCAUAAUUACGUCCCGCAAAUCAAAACGCAAAGAUCGAACGAGACUUGUGUAUUUCAGUGUAAUCUCUACACUCUUUGGUUUCGUUGCGCAGUUUGUUGGGUUACGUGCGAUGCAUCCCGCCGUGACGCUGGUACAGUUGGUGGCAGUAAUGACCAUGACUGCAAUUCGCUCAUGCGCUCACAUUAAACGAGAUAGUAAGAAUGACAUCGGUAAUCCGGGGAAGGUGGAAGGUCAUGAGCUUGACUGGCUAGCGCUACAUAUACAUGGUUGUGUGGCUUGGAAGGUCGGCUCGACACCGCUUUUAGGAAUUUCACAUGGACCAUGGGAUACCAACAGUAUUCCUAGCAGUGUGGGGCGUGGGGACAUCAAUUCGGAACUAGCCACAGCUGUGAUGCACACCAGAGCACGGCUGGCAGAGCUGUCAGUGGACUGGAAUCUAGAGCUCCGUGAUACUGUCAAGAGUUUACAACGCACUCUCAACCUCUCGAUGGAUGAGAUCUUUAUGUCUAAAAUACUUCUCGUCCCUUGGUGGAACAAAGCAUCAUUUACAUUUUCUCUUCCGGUCGAAUUUACAAUUCUUGGAGACCAUUCUAGAAAGUCGUCAAUUGAACUAACAAUGAGCCGGGAACGGGACCAGAACGAAAAAUGGAUGUCAUGGGCAACGGAUGUAUCACAACUAGAGGCGGUUAUGUCCCUCUGGGUAUCCUCGCUUGGGAAGAGAAAGAAGCAACCUGGAUUUGAGAGCAUUAUCUAUCUUGGACCAGCUACCCCCGAAGAUCUCUUGGACUACCAGAUAUGGAUCCAUCGACAGACAACUCCGACGAUAGGUACCCUAGAUCUUACAAGUACGGAACUCUACUCAUGUUUUGGUUAUAUUGACCCAUAUACUCUGAACGAUACAUUUCAACAUAUGUAUAUUUCGUCCAAAGCCGCGGUAGUCAAUCUCUGUGCGCAAGAAAUCUAUGCCGCCUUUGUGUCCGCCUUGCCAUUUGAGCUUCUAUACAUGAGUGGUAAAACAGAGCGGCGCAGUUGUGCAAAUGAUGCGGAUGUGAGAUUCCGUAUCAAUAACUCGAAGAUGACAUCACUUGCAAGGAUAUUUUCUGAAUCAGGUCUUGGAACCAUCGAAGAGGCAUAUUUCUAUAUUUUUCUUGCCUUAAAAAGGGCGAGAAGAGUUCCACCUUUAAAAGCCGCCUUUUUGAAUGAACAGGACUACGCCAACAGCUACGAACUUAAUGGCGGCGGAAACUGGACCCAAGCGGUGAAAAUCGAUCAGUGGGUGUGUGAAAACACGGGAGUUGUAAACCUUGAACCCAAGGAGGAGGCGCGACUGCGCUCGCUAUCAGAGCAGCGGUUGAUCAGACUGCGAUUAUAUAUCGAACGGUAUAAGUACGAUCCCGAAAGUCAAGACGACAAGCAAGAGCUUGUGGACCUACUGUGGGAACGGAUCUCGACAUUUAAUGCACCUAUCUCUAAUAUUAUGGCGUCGUGUGUAGUAUGUCUGUGCAAGGCCACUACGCAUGGAACGACGAAUUAUUUCUAUAAAUGUGAACCUGAAGCACAAUUCACGCUCGCUAUUAGUAUACUUAAAAAGGUUGAUCUGCAUCAGGAGGACAUGCUUCCAGUGGUUCUGGAAUUUAUUCAUGAUGCAUUUAAGUCCGGUAGAGAGAGCGUAGCAGAAGACAUGGCAAUAUGGGUGUGGAAUGAAAAGAUCUUUGCAACGGAAUCAACUAGGAAGCCAUAUCUUAGCCGGGCACACUUUGAAGUCAACCAGGUACUAUUAACUCUUCGUCACCAGCGCCGCGUAUUCCUAACGCUUGAGGAGGUGCAGAAGUACCUCGACAAUCCACAGAGGAAGGAGAGUCGGGAGAAGGCUGCUAUAGAGGCUGGUGAUUUAGACAAUCCUGCAAUAACCAUUGAUCUACAGCUACUCCGACCUUUCCGGACAAUCCUACAAGCUGCCGCUGGUGCUGGACGUCUCGACGUUGUCAAGCUCCUCUUAUCAUUGAAUGGUGCACUAAUAAACGACGCUCCGAAGUCUUCCGAAGGGCGUACAGCCCUUCAGGCAGCCGCUGGUAAUGGUCAUGUAGACGUUGUGGAGUACCUCCUCAACGCCUCACCUCCUGCUGAUAUACACCAACCAGCAGCGCGACGUUCUGGCCGCACCGCGCUACAGGCCGCCUCGGAAAGAGGGCAUGCGGACAUUGUUGACUACCUACUCAAGAAUGGUGCUUCGGUUAAUGAGCCCCAUGCUACUCAUGAUGAAGCUUGCAGCCUCUACCGCCGGCAACUGAGAGUGGAGGUUCCAGAACAAAGUCACGGAGUUAUUUACACUCACCCCUCGAGCCUGUCUCAUGCCCAUCAAGUCGGCUACAGCUCAGUGUGUUAUGCUAUUAUCAAAGGUCAUGAGGCGGUACUCGAGCUUCUUCUAAAGGCAGGGGCAAACCUGAAUACCGUGAGCCAUGGAACGGCGUUACAAUUUGCAGCUUCACGUGGAGACACACACAUUGUGAAGAAGCUUCUUAUCGCAGGCGCAGAUGCUGAUAUGGAUGCUGACAUGUGUGGUGGGCGCACUCCUCUCCAGGCGGCGGCAGAAGCGGGACAUCUCGAAAUUAUCCAAAUUCUAUUGAAACAUGGAGCGUCCAUAAAUGCCUCUCCCGCCUCGUUCCAUGGGCGUAGCGCAUUAGCUGUCGCAACUGGCAAGGGGUUAUUCGGUAUUGCUAAGUUUCUUCUAACCGAAGGUGCAGACGUCAAUCAGGGCCCCGGGAUAGCAUUCGGGGCAACAGCGUUACAGGCAGCGGCCAGUGGCGGGUUUAUAAACAUUAUAGACUUACUAUUGACCGCAGGAGCUGAGAUAAAUGCAGCCCCUUCGUUGAUAGGGGGAAAGACGGCACUUGUUUGUGCCAUGUCAGCAGAAUAUAGCGGGAGAAUCCUCGAACGCUUACUUCCUCAUGGCGAUAUCAAUGCAAUUGCUCCUUACGGCGGACGCACCAUACUACAGGCAGCUACAGAGAUUGGCAAUUCUACAGUGGUGAAGAUCUUGUUGGAGAAAGGUGCGGACGUGAAUCUUCCUCCAGCACCCGGGGGAGGGAGGACUGCGUUGGCGGCCGCAGCCGAGUAUGGAUAUCUGGAGAUUGCGGUGGCCUUAUUAGAUGCGGGAGCAGAUCCUAAUGGAGGAAGUGUCGAGGACUUUGGACACGCCGCAAUUGAGGAGGCGGCAGGAGCUGGCCUUUCGCAUAUCAUUGAGAUGUUAAUUCGGGAUAUGGAACCGACCAAGAAGACCGGGGUUCUUCCACUGGCAGCAGCAGCAGGGGGAGGUCAUACUGAGAUGGUGGAGUUACUUCUGAGCCGCGGGGCAGAAUUAAUUAUCGAGAAACCAAUUUCUUCACAAUUUUCACUGAAAGAAGCGGCAAUAAUUGAAGGAAUAAACCAGAGAUCUCAGGGUUAUAUGUUUGUUAAUGGUGAAAGAGUGGUUAUAGAGCCACCGCUUGAGGAUCGUGAAACCAGGGCACUUUCCAAAAUCAGGUUUUUGCUCCAGGACAUGUUGACCGAUAAUGCGGUAUCUGCCAUUGAACUUGCACGGAAUGGGGAGAGCACUAAGAUUGUCCACAUGCUAGAAAGAGACGUAGGAAUGCUGCAAUCCCUGGACAUAUAUUCGAAACAGAUUACGCAUAGUAUUUGUGGGUCUCGAGCCUCGACUCCCGAACGACAUAGCUAUCGUGGGGGGCAGUUACUGGAGGAUUUAUCUUUCGCAGUUUUGUAA